UAAUUUUAGAAACAAAAGAAAAAAAAUUGAUUAAUGUAGCAAAAACGUCUUUUUGGAAGAUUUGCUGCUAGUGGAAGCGUUUUUUAUAUCCAAAUUCUUUGUGAUGUCGUAAUAUUUUGAUAAAAUUUUGUGCGUGCCAAUAACGAAUAUUGUAUUGUUUUACUCUCUUUCAUGAGAGUUGAGUGGAAAAUAUACACAUUUAUUAUAUCGAACAAUUUGACAGGUCCACUGAACAUUCUAAAUAACGUAAAGCGUGAGAUGUCCAAUGUAUCCUAACCGGGUUAGGAUAAAAUUGUUAGAGCUCAAUGGCUGAGCGCCUCAGUCCUCGCAGCUCCGAGGUCAAUGCCUUGGAACAAAGAGGCUAUCUUAUCGGCAAAAAAAUCGGACAAGGAUCGUACGCCACUGUCCAUCUGGCGGAAUACUGUGAUGCAUCCAGCCCCAAGCGUAUGCACCUCGCCUGCAAGAUCUUCGAUAAAGAAAAGGCACCUCGAGAUUUUUUAGAAAAGUUUUUUCCUCGUGAACUAGACAUCUUGACAAAAAUAGAGAACCCCUAUAUCAUUCAAGUCCACAGUAUCCUACAACGGGGACCACGAGUGUUUAUUUUUAUGCGUUAUGCUGAUAAUGGUGAUCUCUUGGAUUUCAUAAAGCGGAGUGGUGUUGUGCCAGAAAACCAGGCCAAGUUAUGGUUCCGUCAAAUGGCUAAUGGUUUACAGUAUCUACACAGCAAAAACAUUGCUCACCGAGACCUCAAAUGUGAGAACAUUUUGCUAUCGAGACGAUUUAACGUAAAGUUGGCUGAUUUUGGUUUUGCGAGAUUCUGUACGGAUGGUGAAAACAGACGCGUGCUGAGCCAAACUUAUUGCGGAUCCGCAGCGUACGCGGCGCCCGAGGUGGUGAGUGGAACACCUUACAACCCAAAACUUGCUGAUGUGUGGUCUCUAGGAAUCAUACUAUUCAUAAUGCUUAACGCUUCUAUGCCAUUCGAUGACUCCAACCUGCGCAAGCUUCUCAAAGACCAAAUGUCUCGUAAUUGGGUAUUUCGGUCCCGAAUUCGUGACAGUGUAUCUGCUGCAGCAAAGUCCAUCGUGCGGCACAUUCUCGAACCGGACAUCACUUUACGACUUACUUUAGAUCGAGUUUUAUCUCACGAGUGGACGAGACCUCGAAAAGAUAAGAGUGCUAGUCUGAUGGGGCGGUUAGUGCAAUCCGCUCCUUCAGCUCCGCACUCGCCAGGCAAGCACGACGAAGCCGGCACGUCGGCCGGCGCCCGCGUCUCUGGUGACCAUCGGGAAAUGGAACGCGAGAGACACGACGACAUCAACAAGCGCUCCCACGACUAAUAGUCUCUAAAGCCCUUUCACAAUACUUACGGUGCGAUGUCGCAUCGUAAAAUUCUAUGAAAAUGCACAACACAUCGUGGGUAAUACAGUAUUAUUAGUAUAGAGUGGCUAAAGAUGCGAAGCGAUGCGAAGUGGCACCACAAGUAUUGUGGAAGGGUCCGUAGUUACAUGCAGAUGCAUUCCACAGCAGUGACAGUAACCUACUUGUAUUUUAUAUUAGAGUACACCUUUCGACCGUCAAAAAUCGUAAAUUUAUUUUAUUAUUUUGAGUUUUUUUUUACAAUUGACUUCGUAACUAUUGUUAGUCGUCAAUAGUGAAAAUAAAGAUUUUGUAUAAAAUAGU